AUGACUCCCAAAAACAAGUACCUCUGCCCCACUUUCAUCAACCCUCCAAGUCUCCCUGACCCGGAGUUCUAUUCUCACGCCGUAUCUGUUAACGGAUGUGGACGCUUGGUAUUUACAUCGGGCCAAGUAGGAGGCCGCAAGGAUGGAACAUUCCCCGAGUCGUUCAAGGAUCAAGUUGAACAAGCCUUCAAAAACCUCGAGGAUGUUCUUCACGCAUCCGGCGCCCAGAUCCGUGACGUGAUAAAACUGAAAUGGUUCUGCGUGAACUGGAAUGCAGAUGAAAGUUUCCCAGACCUGCUCAAGUCAACAUUUGCAUUCCUCACGGACCGGUAUGGGGUGCGGUUCCAGCCCCUGACAACCUUGGUUCCAGUUCCAGCGCUGGCAUUCCCUCAUAUCAAAUUCGAAGUGGAAGCAACGGCGGCAAUUGGAGGCUCAAGAACCCCCUUUGCUCCCUCGCCGAAUCCUUCGGAGCUGCGCCUAGCGUCGUUGAAGGCCGAUGCUGUUGUCGUUGGCGCGGGAUUUAGCGGCUUGCAGGCUGCGUAUGACCUACACCAGAUCGGCCACAAGGUCCUUCUCCUUGAAGCCAAGAAUCGGGUCGGGGGCAGGAGUUGGACGAUUCCUCUGAAAAGUGGGAAAGGAAGAGUCGAGCUGGGCGCGACUUGGAUCAAUCAGAAAACGCAGCCGAAAGUCUACGCACUCGCGAAGCAAUUUGGGCUUGAUAUUGUUGAGCAGUAUACGAAGGGGCUUGCGGUUUACCAAGAUACCAAUGGGCACAUCUUUCGCACCGAUGUGGCAUCUGUUCCUGAGGAUACAACCUCAAGCCGGGGUCCUGGCACAAACUUCAACCUUAAGCAGAUGUUCCAGCAGAUCGAACUGUUGCAGAAGGAAGUUGAUCUCAGGGAGACGAGCAAAUUUCCAGCCUCGAUUGAUGUGUCAGUUGAGGCUUGGAUCAAGCAGAACCAGUUCACGCCAUUCGCAGCUGACUAUCUGCGAGCUUUUGUGAGGGGUAUAGUGUGCCGCGAGCCAGAAGAUGUGGGAAUCCAUUAUGCACUUGAUUAUAUCAAGUCUGGUGGAGGUUUUGAAAGCCUGUUCUUGGAAGGCCCGGAGGGAGCUCAAGCCUUGAAAAUCAAGCAAGGCACAUCUGCAAUUGCCGAAGGCCUAGCAAAUACACUCCCGCCAGGCUCUGCCAUACUUAACACCCCCGUCGACAGAAUCGAGCAAUAUGGAGGCGGUGUUACACUUGGUACUACGAAUGGGCUUACCGUGGAAGCGAAGAAAGUGGUCAUUGCCAUUCCGACACACGUCUACCAGAAAAUACAUUUUUCGCCUCCAUUGCCGUACGACAAGCGAGCCAUCGUCUCAAGAACGAAGCCUGGCCACCUGGCGAAAGUCAUCAUGACAUACGCACGGCCAUGGUGGCGAGAGAUUGGCUUGGUAGGUAUUUUCCAAAGUUUUACUGGCCCAAUCAAUCUAUCUUGGGAAAUCUCGGACUCCGCCAACGAACAGUACUCCUUGGCCCUGUUCUUGUGCGGAGACGCAGAGAGCAAAUGGGAGAAGCUAUCUUCCCUCAGCAGGGAGGAGGCUUUGAUUAAUCACCUGGUUGAGUUGGUAGGACCGGAGCAUGGGCAUCUAGCCAAAGAUGUUCUCGAGAUCAAUGAGCAGACUUGGACAAAGGAGGAGUACAUUGAAGGAGCGCCUACGUCGGCCAUUGGGCCAGGGGAGCUGUCGCGCCAUGGCAAUGCGUUGAGGGCUCCUUUCCACAAUCUCUUCUUUGGGGGUGGAGAAACCGCGUUUGAAUGGAAGGGGUACAUGGAGGGUGCCUUGAGAGCGGGUUCUCGUGUGGCGGACGAGGUUAACCACGCUCUUUCGAUGAACUCUACUAGUAAACUUUGA